GACUCGGGGGUUCGCACCAUGAAGAACCAGGCCAACACGCCCGAGGCGGGGAGUCUUAAGUCGUUCGAGACUGCCGAGAGCGGGCUUGGCACGGCUGGCGUCGAAAACCACGGCAAAGCUGAGGCCGAGGCAGACAGGGUCGCCGCGGUCACGCAGCUCAUCGCCGCCAUCGAAGCCGACGAGGAUCUCAGGGAUGGCAGUCCACCGAUCGGCACGCACGCUGCCACCUGUCGGUCUUCUCCGGUGACCGGGACUUCACCCCUACCACUCACGACGGCGGAAAGCGGAUACCCGAGUGCCCGGGAAGCAGGAGCGCGUCCGGUAUCUCCAGGGUCCGUGUACACGUCGCUUCCACAACCGCUGUGGACGCCGGGAGUUCCUGACCACGUGGCGCGCCCCUACGAGGCAGUUUCGUUCAAGAACGCGGCGAAUGAUUCCGCAGGUCAGCGUAAAGAAGCUGUAAACGAAGGCGUAGUCGUUGGCCAGAGCUCGGACGCCACGUGGCGUCCUCCGAGGCGGAAGCGCCGUGGGUCGGAGCCCAACACAACGCACGGGUGGAACGCCUGCGAUGGGCGGCUACGGACCGCCACAGCCGUCCACGCUGGCGAGCGGCUUCUCCGCCGAGACCAAGGGUGCGACCGAAAGCCCCGGAACGGCUCGAGAAACGGUUCAGUGCCUCACCGUCCUAGAGAAGAGGCGAACGGAGAACGCAUGCCGGCCGUCGUGGAUCACUCGUACUCGGCGCCUAAGAGCGGCGGGAAGGAAGUGAUAGCGCCGGCCCAGGAACGCUCCCGCAAGUGUGCUUGGUGCAGUUGUAACACGGUCAUUGUGGUGGCGUCCCUGUUCGCACUGUCGCUGGCGCUGCUGACGGUCAUCGUGGCCAUGCGGGAGUAUUUCUGGCAGCGCGAUCGACCCGUGGUCAAGGGGCGAUUCGGCGCCGUGCGCGGACAGAGGCUCGUGGUCAGCGACCAGGGUCAAGAUUGGACCGUGCUCGCCUUCCUGGGCGUUCCGUUCGCCAAGGUGCCCCGAGGGUCGCUACGCUACAAGCCACCGCAACCGCUCGACUCGUCGCUUGGGGACGAAGAAGGCGUGACGCCACUGGAAACCAAAGAAAAGCGGCCGCCCUGUCCGCAGCAGGACUUCUACCUGGGCCACCAGCACGUCAGCACUAGCAACGCCAGCGAGGACUGCCUGCACCUCAACAUCUGGGCGCCGCCCUGGAAUUGCACCACGGGAAUGGAAACGGGCGGUUGCAACAAGCGGGCCGUGCUGUUCUUCCUCUACGGGGCCGCUUUCCAGAACGGCGGGAACAGCUUCGAGCUCUACGACGGCCGGUACCUGUCCGCUAUCGGUGACCUGGUCGUAGUGGUGCCGAACUACCGGGUUGCGGCGCUGGGAUUCCUCAGCGGGCCCUGGGAGAACCAGCUCCCCGGAAACGCGGGCCUGCACGACCAGCGGCUGGCGUUCGAGUGGACGUUGGCCAACAUCGGCUCCUUCGGAGGCGACACGUCACUGGUGGUCCUCGCGGGUCACGACGCCGGGGCGUCGUCCCUGGGCUACCACCUGUUCAACGGAGACACGGCGUUCUGGACUCGCAACGCGACCCGAUUCAUACUGCAGAGCGGAGGACCCUUCCACAGGUACGAAGGCCACGGCGUCGAGGGGGCACACCGCCUAGCGAAGAGCCUGCGUUGCCCGUCGGACUUGUCUUCCGAUGAUGCGGUCACGUGCAUGCAGAGAGCCGACGUGAACGCCGUGGCGCGCAACUCGCUGGCCCUGAGCUUCGCGCCGGUCUUCAAUAGGGCGCCGCUGUCCAUGCCGGAAGCCCGGAACACGCAAGGAAGAUCACUGGCCAAGAAGGGGCACAUCGAGGGCCUGGAGUUCCUGCUGGGCAGGACUGCCAGCGAGGGCGUCUACCCGUGGUUCGUGGCCCAGCACCGGUCGGCGUCCAGCGACGUCCGUCGGCUGGCCGUGCGGCUCCUGGGAGGAGAGGACGUGCUCGAGCGCUGGCAGACCGCCACGGGGAUCACGCUGGACGCGGAGUCCCCGGCUGCGCUCUACCGGGAAGCCGUCGGUGACGUCUUGGAGGCGUGCCCCAUGUCCGAGCUGGCCGAGCAGCUGCAAGCGUGGCAGAAUCGCGUUUACGUCUACGUGCUGGGGUAUCGGCCCAGUUACACCAGCUGGAAGGACGAGAACGAGACCGUGCACUUCGAGGACAUGGAACUCAUCUUCGGAAUGCCUCUCAGGCCCGGGGUGUCCUCCAGCGACAAGGACAGAGAGUGGUCGAGGACCAUGAUAGGCAUUUGGGCCACGUUCGCGCGCACGGGGAGGGCGCCACAGGUGCGGGACGCCAAGUGGUCCCAGUACGACAGCUCGCACCCGACGCUCAUGAAGCUGGGACCCAAGGACGUCGGCGAGCGAAGCGACGACAAGCAGCAGCAGUGCGUCAUCAUCCGGUCGGAGCGCGGGGCGCCUCGGCCGCGGACGAUUGCGCCGCCAAGUCACGACGACGGCGGCCCCUACUCCGACGCCGCUCGGCGACGCCACUCGAACGAGCUCGACGCUCCGCGGCUGCGGUGUCGCAGUGGUCGCGCUAGCGUGCGCCACAGUCGUCUAGUGUGCGUCAUAGCGAGCAUGCACGAGCGCGCCUGUGUGCUUUCGUGCGAGCGAAGGUCGCCAGUUCGAACCCUGCCUUCUUCAGCGCCGCUGACUAUGUUAUAGACGCCGCGAGAAGCUGCCGUGGUUCCUUGAGUCGCGGCACUUUCAUGUUCCUGUUUACGUUCAUUUUACGUUAUGGCAAUUUUCAUGUUCAGCGCAAACUGUCAAUGUCGACUAUAUAAUUGCAUUUCGGACUAGCAGUGAA